GCAGUCUGGAGUGGCGGCAUGAAGGUAUCCGCAGUGGAUCGCAAGAGGAGGUCUAAGUCACCCACCUCCUAGAAGACAGAGCCCAGGUCACCUCCAGACGCUCUCCCAGCUCAGCCACGAAGCUUGAUCCACCCGGCCCGGAGGAUGCCUGGACACCAGGUGAGCCAUGCCAACACCUACAGCCACUUGAGCCAUCCCAGCGGCGUGAACCGAGCUCCAGGCUGGGCCCCAGGUCCCCGCCCGAGCAAGGCUAACAGCUUCAAGCGCCCCCGCGCCCCGAGUGACUCGGAGUCCAGCAGCUGCAGCAGCCACUCUGAGCAGGAGUCGCCCUCCAGCACCACCGGCCUGGCCCUGAGGAAGAUCUGCAUGGGCCGGCCCUACAACUCCAAGUGCGUGGAGACCAGUCACCUGGCGACCCACCCCAGGGUGGCCAGAAAGCCCUCCUGCUGUAGUGGCCCCCACUGCCUGCUCUGUACAGACCGUCCCUCAGGCCCCUCCAGCCCCUCCUUCCUGGACCAACUCAUCAAAGGCAUCAACUACCUGGAUCGAUCCACCAGUGCCUUCUACAACAACUGCCCCAAAACGCUGAGCCUGCCCAGGCUCGCCGCUAACUGCCUGGAACGAGCCGCCAACUCGCUCCACCUGGACCGCAGUUACUCCAGCCCCGGCGCCUGCAUGGCCACGGCUCAGGGCACUACCCCCAGCACUUCCAUGGUGCCAUCCACCAGGGGCCCCCGUGCACUACAGUGCCUAGACAACUCCACCUGCCUGAGCGGCUCACACCAGCCUCACUGCCCGGGCCUGUCUCCCACGCUGCCACAGAGGCCAGGGAUCAAGCUGCCCGAGCUCCCUUUGUUUGGACACGGGCUCUUUUCCUUAGGUCGUCUGCCCAAGUUCUGGGAAGCAAUCCGCUCAGGCUGGACUGCCCCUGAGCCCAUCUCCAAGCCCUCCAACUGGUGGUGACAUCGACAUCCGCUGGGAAAUGGGCACGCGUCCAUCGGGCUGCGGUGUGGACAAUAAAUUCUCUGUGGCAGAAAGCUCC